UUGUGGUCAUGGGAUUUCUCCCUUAUCAGCGUGUUUGUCCAUGCUACAGGCUGUAAACCGUAAAUAAAGGCAGAAGGGAUAUUUCGUGGACUUUAUUAUAACUGUGAAAUGGCUAUUUGAGGAUGAUUUUCAGACGAACAGUUCCACUUCUGUGGUGGCAAGAGACGAGUGAAUAUGUAGGCAAUGUAUGAGCAGUAAAUGUGGCUUUUUUUUUUAAAGGUUUAUCCAAAAGGAGUACUGCCAUGUUUGUGCUAAAGGAGAUCACAUAAGUUGGCAAUGGGCGAUUUUGACAAGAUCUGGCGCGAGCACUGUGAAGAUGAGCAGACACUGAGUGAGUACGCCCUCGCCAUGAAGAAUCUAGCCGACAACCACUGGACCAAAAACUGCGAAGGAGAGGGGCGCAUCGAAUGGUGUCGCAGUGUCUGUCAAGAAUAUUUUUUGGACGGCGGGAUGAAAAGAAUGGUAGAAAAGGAUGAGAAAAGUGCCAUGCUUACCAUGGGUCUGACUGCAGAUUCUGUAAGUGCCCAACCGUACAGCACCAUCCCCAGUUCUAUCUCUCAGCUGGGGAAAAUGCGCCUUCUUGACGUGGGAAGCUGCUUCAACCCUUUCUUGAAGUUUGAUGAAUUCCUUACAGUUGGUAUCGACAUAGUGCCUGCAGUAGAGAGCGUGUACAAGUGUGACUUCCUCAACCUUCAGCUCCAGCAGCCUCUCCAGCUGGCGAGCGACGCGGUGGAGGCCUUCCUCCGCCAGCUCCACAACCCCAUCGACACGCUGCCCGCCCAGCUUUUCCACGUGGUGGUGUUCUCCCUGCUCCUGUCCUACUUCCCCUCACCUUACCAGCGCUGGAUCUGCUGUAAGAAGGCCCACGAGCUGCUGGAGCUGCACGGCCUGCUGCUCAUCAUCACGCCCGACUCCUCGCACCAAAACCGCCACGCCCUCAUGAUGCGCAGCUGGCGCGUGGCGGUGGAGUCCCUGGGCUUCAAGCGAUACAAAUACGUCAAGUAUUCCCACAUGCAUCUCAUUGCCUUCCGUAAGGUGUCUCUGGCCACCACCAGCGACCUGGUGUCCCGCAACUACCCAGAGAUGCUCUACAUCCCUCAGGACUUCCACUCCAACGAGGAGGAGGAGUGUGCCGACGUGCCCGUGCAGGCGCGCUCCGAGUUUGAGGACGACCAGGUGGCCUGGGGCUUCACGGAGCUACCUGACACGCCCUACGAUUCAGAUUCUGGGGAGAGCCAGAGCAGCUCGGUGCCCGGCUUCCAUGAGCUAGAAGACCCCAUCCUGCUUCAGAGCUAGGCUUAACCAGCUAACCCCCAUCCCCCCAUCCCACUUCCCCUCCCCCUCUCCUUUUCUCUAUGUAACUGUCACCUCCCCUUCAACUGCUGCGCUGCCAAAUUUAACCUGCUGCAUUCUUCUCCCACUUGUCCCCCCCCCCCUCCUUAAAACAAUGCAGUUUGCACAGUGCGAAAGCGAGAAGUUUACAGAUUAUUUUUUCAUAUCCACACUCAUCUUGGAGUACACACACAUACACGCACACCUAUAUGCAUACACACACAGACACAGACACACACACACACUAAGAUGGAUAUAUUUUGAUAAAUAUCUAGGUUUUUUAAGAGUUGGAAAGUGAAUGCCCCUAGGAUAUCUUAACUCCCUGCUCCUUGAUUUCCAUGCAAUCUUCCAAUCAGCUUUCAAUAACAAAAACUCAGCUUGUCUGCAUUCUGUACUCGGUCUCUAUUUGAAUAAGCUAGAUUGACAGGCUGCUUAGUACAAAAGACAAACACAGCAACCCCAGCAGUCUGACAGGAGUUUGAUUGCACUGGAGAGACUGAGAUGGGACGACUGGACUGGUACGCUUGCUUCUGUCACAGUCAUGCAGCUGGACUUUCUGAAAAUUCUUGAUGUGCAUUUAGUUUUCCAAGACACACACAAAAAAAAAAAAAAAAAGUUAAUUGUUUUGAAAUAUAUAUUCUCAACAACAGUCAAAACAUUGGUGUUGUCCAGUGUAAAAGUGUGGCAAUGCCAUUUUAACUUUGCCAUCCUAUGAAUAAUUUGUGUAUCUUUUACAAGAAAGUGGUAUUUGUAGCAUUUUAAACAUUUUCGGAACCAUACGGUAGGAGUAUUACUAGGUUUACUAAUGUGAAACUGUAACUGUGUUUACUCAUUGUGUAACAAGGUACGAGUGUUUCAAAGUAGGUAUUAGACUUUUUUUCCGCCUCUCGUUGUCCUCACAAAUAUUAAGACUUAAUUAUAUCCUGUUAGCUUUCCAAUACAUUUCUUGUUCUCCAGCAGAGACAUAGUACAACACUGCAAGUCGGUGACCCAUAUCAACAUGGACUUUAAAGCACCAGUAUCCUUUGACACAAUUUUUGUAACUUUGAUGUGAAAUUACAAUAAGUACUCUGCCUCUAAAAAAAAAAAAAAAAAGAUCCAGAUCUGAGCUCCUCAAAGAAAAAUUCACCUUGACGGAAGAGAUUUGCACUAAUUUACUGUUUUGUAAUACAGAACCUCUGAGACAGGUGAGAAACUGUAGAUUUUAGCAAUAGCAAGCGAGAACAGAUCUGAGGAUGCCGUGUCUGACGAUGGGAGGUUUUAGCUAAAGACACUACCAGAUGAAAUGUUAGUGUGUGUUGCAGCCUGUCCCUGAGCGGGCUAAGUGUGUGGGUGUGGUUGGAUUUGUCAGUGUGAAUGAAAGAAUGAAUUUACGUUGAUGUGUUCUUGUCAGUGGCACUUUAUCAUUGAUCCCAAAGGGUGUCACGAAAUGUAAUUAUUUUCCUAUGAUGACAGUUUUACAACCAAUAUGGUGGGCCCGCAAGAUAAUAAUAGUAGGUCUAAGGUGCCUUCUUUGUUCACAUAUAUUGUAUGUUGCAAGCAGAUUCAUGCCCCUGGAGAAAAUGAAACUCAUACCUUCUCAAACAGAAAGAUAUCAAGCUUCUCUGGCCAAAUAGUAUAUACUAACUGUCCAGUUCUCCUUUGUCAUAUUAAUGGCAACCAAGAAACAUUUCCAGUGUUGAUGUAAUGCAGUGUGUUGUUGCCAUUUCCAUCUCAUUUUCCAGUUAAUGCACAUCUCUCUGCUUAUAUCUUCUCUGCAUUAACAGAAAAGGAAAAAAAAAAAACAUUUUACAGUACCGCACAAAUUCAGACUUUGAAGUUUUGUGAUGAAUUGGUGCUUUUGUCUUCCAAUGUUUCUUUAGGUUCAUUUGCAUGAGUUGUUUCAUCUUCAUUAUCAACAUUUUCAACAAUGCAGAACAAUGUGUGCUUAUAGUAUGGUUGUAUUUCUCUUUUAUAAAUGAAUGUAAAUGUA